AUGGCGGCAAGGGAUGCCACAACAGCCAAUUUUGAAGGGGGCACGGGAACAUGCUUCCCCUACCCAAAGGCGGUCUUCGUCUGCAAAGUAACCAUCGGCGUCGCAUGGAUGGGCUCAGCAAUGACGUCCGUCCUGCAGGCGGGCCUCUCCUCCCCCGUCAUCAAUCCAGGAAACCCUAGGUCUUCCUCCUUCCCUUCUCUCAUCGGCGGCAGCAGGAGCGGGUCUGCACGCGCGGCGAGGCGAGAGCGGUCCGGGCGGAGGAGGAGGGGAGGCACGAGCGGGACGAGGCCGGCGCGUGAUCUAACAGGGUGGCCGGCGGGCAGGAGCGAGGGGCUAGCGGCGAGAGGCGAGCGGGACGAGGCCGGCGCGUCUGAGCAGGGUGGACGAGAACUGAAGCCGGCGGGAGCAACCCGUCAAGAUCAGGCAUAUACUCAUCCAUCCCUCUAUGGAGUUUACUUGUUAUAUUCUGAUAGGAUGGUUUUUUUUCUCGGGAAUUCAUCAGGCUGCUGCGAAGAAAGGAAGAAGACCCAAGCAAACACAACAACCAGCCAACAGCAGCAUCACAAGAUGCCCCGCCGCUCUAAAGCCAAAAGGAAGACAGCACGGAAAUGCCACUCUAAUGGCAAAAGGAGACACACGGCCAAGGGCGGAGGCGCAGCAAGGGCACACAUCAUGGAGUCUCACAAGCCCUUAAGGCUCUUCACUUUGGAUCUUCAGCCCGAUGAGAUAGUGGCGAGCCACGAUCGCCUGAUCAACGACAUAAAGGCAAUGCUGGAGGAGGACGUCCGGGAUGAGUUGCGGAAGCUCCGUAAGAAGGACAAGAAGCCGGAAAGGGUUCACGGGAAGCCAUACACUCCAAAAGAUGGCGCAUUCCUGGUGGAGCUUGUGCACCCUGGGAAGAGAACGGUCACCCUGCUCUUUGGCAAGACUGACCUCUACCUGAAGGCACUCCAUGUAUCAGAGUUGUGGUUCCCCAUGGAGGGCUGCAAUGUUCCGAUCCCACCCUCCAGCCAGUUACCCUACUGCUUGAAGUGUGUACCCUCGGCCACCAAGAAGAGCAGGGAGUUCAAAUUCCAUGAAGGCAUAUAUCACUUGAAUUGGUCGGGCAGCUACCUGGAUCUGCGAGGAGGCAUGAAGCAGCCGUUCUUUCAUGGAGCUGCUGAAAAAGCACACGACAAGUUGUGCAAUGCCGAGUCUCUAGUAGUUGAGGGGCUAGAUACGGAUCUCCAGCCUGGCAUGGCUUUCUUUGCCAUUUUCAUCCCCGAGUGCAUUCGUUUUCCAGAUGUUAGAAGAUGGGCUAGAUUACAGAUUGCUCCUGGGUCGGUCAAGGGGGUCGUGCCACCACCUGAACAUCGGGUCUUGAUGAGAAGCUGGGGAACACGGUCUGAUGAGGUGUAUUGUCCCAAUGCUUCAACUGAAAUUCGGAGGUCCGUUGACAUAAUCAAGAGGAAUCCGCUCAAGCAUUGCCUGUUAAAACCUGAGACAAAAUAUGAGAAGGCUGCAUCCUCAAGUGUGCCGUGCAAGAAGGCCGUCAAGCCAAAUCAAGACGAACCUGGUGCCCAAGAGGCUGCCGUCAACGUCAAUGAGGGUAAUAAUGCUGUCAGCGAGGAAGACGAACCUGGUGCCCAAGAGGCCGUCAUCAACGUCAACGAGGAUAAUGCUGUCAACGUGGAAGAUGAACUGGGCGAGGAUGAUGAUGAUGCCUUGGACGAGGAAGAUGAAGUGGAUGCUGGCACAUACGAAUUUUCUGGACACACUGAUGAAGUAAUGAGCGUGGCAUGCCAUCCUGAGCAGAGCUUGCUUGUUCUUUCCGGUGGGGCAGAUGACAGAGGUUAUCUGUGGAGAGCUUGGUCUCUUAAUCCCCAGGAUGUGCAUGAAUUUAGUGGGCACGAAGAUACAAUUACCAGUGUUGCAUUCAGUUGUAACGGAACGCUACUGGCAUGUGCAAGUAUGGACGGCACAGUUAGUGUUUGGACCACCUCUACAGGAGCUCUUUUCACACAUCUCCGUCCUCGCUCUGGCUCUAGUUUUGAGUGGCUUAAGUGGCAUCCACGCGGCCCGGCGUUAUUGGCAGGGUCGGAUGAUCACAUGUUGUGGCUGUGGUAUUUGGGCGGAGACCCUGAGAACUACUUGAUGAAUGUAUUUGCUGGCCACAGGCGGACUGUGACUUGUGGCGACUUUACACCUGAUGGUAAACUUAUAUGUUCUGGGUCAGAUGAUGCCUCUCUGAGGGUGUGGUGCCCGAAGAGUGCCCAGACAAAGUGUAUCAUCGAAGGUGAGAACUUUCACAGCACAGGUUUGACGUGCUUGGCAAUCACAAAUGAUUCUAAAUCCAUAUACAGCUGCUCAAAAGAUGGUUCCGUGUGUGUUGUCAGCAUUGAACUCGGACAGGUCGUUGGUGCAUUGAUGGGCCAUGGAAGUACUGUUUGUUGCAUCGGCAUCUCUGCAGAUGGCGUCGUCGCAACAGGAAGCAGAGAUUCCAUGGUCAUUAUAUGGGAUGCCGAAACUCAAGAGGCUCGGCAUCAUCUCCCUCAUGAGGGCAUUGUGACCUGUCUAGCCUGGUUGGGAGCGACAAGGUUCGUGGCUACAGGGUGCGAGGAUGGCCGCAUCAGAAUAUGGGACUCUGUAUCAGGAGCUCGUCAUGCCAUCUUCGCCGACGGGCAUGAUGGCAGAGUGCUUGCAUUAGCUGUGUCGUGUGACCGCACCACAAUUGUUAGUGCAGGUUCUGAUACGCUAGCUCUAUCCCAUAACAUAGAAUUCCUGCAGCUGGUGUGAGUGUGUAGCGGGUGUUGAACCAAUGUAAUGCCUUCAGCUAGUAAACACUAGUGUACGCAGUCACAUGUCGUCUUCAAAGACCAACAAUAUUAACGCUUGCUCUGGAUGGAUCUGUCUUAUGAUGUUGGCUUCGUAGAUUUUGAUAAA